AUGAUAAUAAGUAAACAAAAUUUAUUUUCUAUUUUAGCUUCACUUGAUCAACAUGUAUCAGUAAUUGAAAAAACAAAUUCAAAUGAAAUAACUCAAAAUAUUAAUUUAUUAAAUAUCAAUGAGAAUAGUUUAUCAUCGAAAACAAAUGAAAAUAUUAACAAAUCAAAUAUUCCUUUAACAACAACAGCCCAUGUCGCGAAUACUGGAGCACUUUUAACGGGAAAUCGCCGAUUUUAA